AGUCGCCCAAAAACAAGUCGAUCAAAUGACAAUAUCGAAGCAGUGCGUGAGAGUGUCGUUGACAAUCCAAGAACCUCAAUUCGGCGUCGUGGAUAAGAAUUGCAAAUUUCAAGAAGUUCUUUACAGCGUAUACUCACUAAAAAUCUGUGUCUUCAUGUUUACAAAAUUCAAAUAACACAACAACUAAAGUCUAACGAACAAUUUAAUUUCAAUAAUGCGUUAAUAUUGGCACACCCUUUACAUGAGAUAAGCAUAUAGUGCAGUAUGUAUGUAUUUAUGACACAUGGCGCAUAAUUUAUACAUACAUACAUAACUUACAUAUAUUUUGGAGAUAAGAACUCGGUUGCCUCGGUCAAUCGCGACACACCUACGAAAUUCGUUAAAGCACGUGCAAGAAAAAAAUAAAGCAACAAAACGAGAUAGGUGUGUUUUUAUUAGUAAUGCUCCAAAAACAAUUAAAAUGUGAAAUAUUUAUGCAUAUACAAUAGUAUAUACAUACAUAUCAAGAAAAAAGAACGUAAACUUGUGAUAAAAACACUGUAUUUUGACACCUCAAUCUCUCAUAAAUGGCUGUAAACAUCUAUGUUUGUGUGUAUGCAUGUCUUAAAAUUACCUAAUUUCAUAAGUAUAUAAAAUAAAAACUAUGUGUUAUUAUAAUUAAUAUCAGACAAAUGUGGGUUUACAAAAUAUUUCAAGAAAAUCAUAUUAUAUAAAAAAUUGGAGGAUGUAUGUAUGUAUAUCUUUCUGCUAAAGAGUACAGCAUCUCCGCUAUUUUCCCACAAAUUUUAAUAAGCGACUCACACUUGGUCGACGCGCUUGAUUAUUACGUGAAAUAUCUUUUGACCCCUUCAAACGCAAAGCUAAUAUUUUACACAUAUGUAUGUUUGUAUGUACGUUUUUAAAAGUUAUCAAAAGAUAAUAUUAUCUAUUAUAACACGUGUAUUCCCUUAUAAACGCCCUCGUAUUUGUACACUUAAUUAUCUGCAUAUUUACGUUUCUUCAUUUUCUUUGGAAUAGCCGGUAGCUUUAUAUUGAUUCGCUAUUGUUGUUAUUAAUGUCGUUGUGCAGACAAACGGCGUUCAAUUGCUGAGUAAACAUGUUUAUUUCUGUUUUAUACAUUUGCUUAUUUCUUUAGUUUUUAUUUGAAUACGUGCAAAUAUACACAUUAACAUAAAUAUGUACAUACAUAUAGUAUACCGGCAAGUUUCUACAUAUGUACAUAUGUACAUUUAUUAAUAUAUUUAUAUACACUGUUUACAUUCUCCACGUUGAUAAUAGAGAACCUGGCGCUCUUCGCUAAGUAGGGUCAAGCUUUUAUGUUAAUACUAAUUUACAGUCUUUGUCAAAAUUUAUAUAGGUGGUCCUGUGGCGCAAUGGAUAACGCGUCUGACUACGGAUCAGAAGAUUCCAGGUUCGACUCCUGGCAGGAUCGUAAGGAGAUUUUUUUCAUAUACUUUUUUUUAACUUAUAUUCUUUGUGAAUAUUUGUUGGAAAGCAGUUAUAUGAUUUCGAUCGUUUUAACUUUUACAUAUUAUAAAAUUUAAUGAAAUAUAUUUUGUUAUUACAAGAUAGAGUUGAACUGAGUAUAUAAACGGUAUACUAUAUAAAUGCAACUCAAAGUUUAUAUAAGGAAGAUUAGUAUCCCAAAUAUGUAACUACAAAUGGUUGUAAUAAAUAAAGACCUAACAAUAUGUAGCGACUGUUGCAUUAUUAAUAGAGCAGUGCAUAUAAUAGGUAAAUUUUAAACUAUAUAAGAUAAUACCCCAAUGUGCUCUUAAAACUAGAAAGCAGCGUUAGCGCAAUUGACUGAGUUGAUUUUACUCAAUUUAAUAGUUAACUCAAAAAUCCUUAUGAUUAUAAACCAAAUAUAAAUGUUUUUGUUGUUAAUGGUUUUAUUAAUGGAUUUAUUUUGCUCACAGUAUAAUAUGGUUAACUAUUACUAACUAAAUAAUUAAAUAAAUGAAUAACGUGAACAGCUUGUAAGAUCAUAAUAUAAUUGCCCUAAUAAAUGUGGCAAAUACAACACUGUGAAUCAGCUGAUUUGUGAAAUUUUGUAAAAAUUGAUAUCAACAAAUUGCAAUUGUAAACAAAUUAAUUCGCAAUAAUUUCAACAAACAUCAUUAGUGGAAAUGUUGACUGCCAAAAUAGGUAAAGUUGGCAAAGUGCUUAUAUGUGGUAUGAAAGGUGUUGGUAAAACGGCAUUGUUGGAGCAACUAAUUUAUGGAAAUGUCAACAUGGAUACGGAAUUACAUCCCACUAUAGAAGAUAUAUAUGUUGCUAGUGUGGAUACAGGACGCGGUGGUGCACGGGAGUCUCUUCGCAUUUACGACAGUGCUGGGUUACAGGGAAAGGGACAACUGCCACGCCACUAUCUUUAUUUUCCUGAUGGUUAUGUAUUGGUAUAUGAUCCUACAGAUCCCAGUAGCUUAGACAUGUUGGCAGAUAUUAAAACCGAUAUCGAUCGUAAUAAGGAAAAAAAAGAUAAUGUAGCUAUAAUCGUUUUGGCUAAUAUGCGUGCGCGCAACAGACGUGAUUCACCCGCAUCGCCACCUAUACAAGUAACACAGCCACAAACACAGCAACAGCAGCUCGAUCCAGUGGAGUCUGUAUUGAAUCGUGCAAAUAGUUGGUGUGCUCGUGAACGUAUUAAACAUUACACCGUAAAUGCCAUGGAACGUCCGUCUUUAUAUGAACCAUUUAUAUCAUUGUGUGCCCGUUUGCAUCCCCCACCGACAAAGAGCAGUUUCCCACAAUUGCGUCAGGUGAUGCAGAAAACGCAGAAAAGUGAUAGCUAGGACGGGGAAUCGGAUGGCGGCGGUGAUAAUAUGCUAUGGUGUAUAACAGGCUGUCAGCGAAUCAGUGGUGGAGGUGGUGGGCAAUAAGGUAUUAUGCGAAAAAAUAAGAGUCUCGAAAUGGUAUUAAAACGACUUACAGUUUAAUAUUGCAUAUUUCAGUAAUUAAUUAAUAUUGAAUUUUCCACUUACUAUAUUUAGUACUUAAAUAAAUAGUGUAUAAAAUGUCUUUAUAUGAACUGAUAGCUGUUAAAUUAAUUAACAGUACAAUAUAAACUGAAGUAAACAAGUAACUGAAAUUUAUUUUAUAUAACCAAA